AUGGGAUCCUCUAAGGUGGCCCUGCUGCUGGUCCUGCUGUCCUGUGUAGAGCUCAGUCUGUCUGCUUCCUGUGUGGUUGACAGCUUCACAGUCAAAGAUGACUUUGAAUCUAAGAGGUAUGCAGGAAAGUGGUACGCACUGCAGAAGAAAGAUCCAGAGGGCCUGUUCCUGCAGGACAACAUCUCCGCUGAGUACACCAUUGAUGAUGACGGCUCGAUGUCCGCCGCGUCCAAGGGACGCGUCACUCUGUUUGGUUUCUGGGUUGUCUGCGCUGACAUGGCUGCACAGUACUCUGUCCCCGACCCUACCACCCCCGGCAAGAUGUUCAUGAACUACCAGGGUCUGGCCAGCUACCUGUCCAGUGGAGGUGACAACUACUGGGUGAUCGACACCGACUAUGACAACUACGCCAUCACCUACGCCUGCCGCACCAUGAAGGAAGAUGGUAGCUGCGAUGACGGCUACGCCAUCAUCUUCUCCAGGAACCCCCGUGGCCUGCCUCCAGCCAUCCAGCGCGUCGUCCGUCAGAAACAGGAUGACAUCUGCAUGGCCGGAGAGUUCCAGCCUGUUCUGCAGUCUGGAGCCUGCUAAAGAGAGAGAGAGAGAGUGUGAAGCUGAGAGAGAACGAGGGGGAGAGAAAGAGUGUGAGUGUGAUAAUGUAAAUGGACAGAUGCAAUAAUGUGUUGGAGAAGUGAGAGGAGGAAGACAAUUAAGCAAAAACUGUGAAAAACCUGGACAAGGUUUCAAUCAAUUUCCUCCUCCUACUCUGUGUCCAUCCAAUGUUUAUCC